GAAUGAGAAAGCUUAAGGAAAUUUUCUCUCCGUUGUAAAAGAGAGCGACUCGCAGAAGACCUUCACAGCAACAGCAAAAUCCCAUCUAAUAAUGGCGGCGAUUGCAGCAGCUUCUACUUCCAUGGCUUCUUCUGCCGUUUUUACUACUCAUUUAUCACUUUGCUACACCGCUAAAGCCGCCUCAUUUUGCCGCUCUGCCCUACCUUAUCUUCCACCCCGUGUUUCUGCUUCAGCCUUUUCUACUUCCUUCAAAUUUGCAGAAUCCAAAAGGUCUUCGCUACUCCAGGUUAAAGCCUCUUCAUCUGAAGAAGCUUCUGUUGAUACUAGUGAAUUCAUAACAGAGCUAAAAGAAAAGUGGGAUGCUGUUGAAGACAAGACGACAGUGCUACUUUACGGUGGUGGGGCAAUUGUAGCAGUUUGGCUAUCUUCAAUUCUUGUUGGUGCCAUCAACUCAGUUCCUCUACUACCGAAAGUCUUGGAGUUGGUAGGACUUGGAUAUACUGGAUGGUUUGUCUACCGCUACCUUCUCUUCAAGUCAAGUAGAAAAGAAUUGGCGGAAGACAUUGAGGAAUUGAAGAAGAAGGUUGCAGGAACUGAAUGAAUGCAUGUAAUUUGAUGUCAAAUUCACGGUGAACGAAUUCCAGCACCAAUGCAAAUGAACUGUAAGUUUCUUGUACAAGAGGCAUAUGUUCAUGUGAAGUAAGAGUAGGUUUUGAUGUAAUUUUAUUUAUCUUAGCACAUCUUCAAAAGAAAACUCUUAUGUUUCACUUUCAUUUGAUAGUGUUAUAAAUCAUAGUCUGUUUCUGCA